GGUGAGGAAGCAGCAUCGACAUGAAGCAGCUCCGCUCUGUUAGUUCUGCAUUCAACAUUGCAACAGCAGGCAGGAAACACUCAUGACACACUCAGCGUCUCUGCAUCACACUGAUACCACAGAGGGAGGAGGAGGUGAAGCCGAGGAGACGCUGCUGCAGGGCGACAGUUAACAGGAGGAGGCCGAAGGAGGAGGUCCAGGAGAAGUUUGAAGCUGCAUGAAAAGUCAAAACAGAAAGACAGACGUUGAGCAGAGCAGAGGAGGACAAACGUGGACAUCUAGGAAGAGAAAGUGAGACAGGAGACGAGUGGACGUGGAGGAAGGUGGAGCACCAGGAGGAGCAGAAGCACCAGAGGAGAGGAGGAGCUGUGGCGUCGCCAUGGAGGAGGACAUCAGGAAGCAGGGGAUGCUCUACUUGCAGCAGCAGAGGUUUGGAAAGGUACCAGCAGCAGUGCUAAUACCACGGCUAACUGUGCUAACACAACAGGACAGUCUGUGUAACACUACAGCAACUCCUGACACACCAUCAGUGCGUGACUUCAGAGUGUGUGUCCGGAGGACGGAGGCGUCCGAUCGCUGCCGGCUGAAAGGCGACGCCGUCCUGCGAGCCGAUGGAGACGCUCUGCGCCUGCUGGACAGGACAGGUGACUUCCUGUACACCUGGCCGUACAGGUACCUGAGACGCUUCGGACGGGACAAGUCCACCUUCUCCUUCGAGGCGGGUCGUCGCUGUGAGUCUGGGGAGGGAAGCUUCGAGUUCGACACCAAACAGGGAAACCUGCUGUUUCAGGCUGUGGAGGCUGCAAUUAACCUGCAGAAAGUCUCCGCCCCCCUCAGACAGACAUCCGGGGGCGGACAGGCAGCUGGCGGCGUUUACAGUUUGGUGACCGAACCUCCGAACCUCCACACGGUUCAUCACAAAGACAAAGAGAGCGGCGGCGCUGCAGCUCAGCAGCAGCAGCCACAGCGCCCCCCGCUGUCUCGUCUGGAGCCUCCAGUCGACAAAGCUCUGACCGGCGUCAAGAGUCUGACUCUGGACACUCGUGGCGCCGCCGCCCCUCGAAAGAACCAGGUGAAGAUGAUCUCCAGCUGCCCGCUGCCGCACGAGUCGGGCUCCGCCCCCAAACCUGGCCCCGCCCCCAACCAGGACCAGACCUACUCUCGGAUCACGCUGUCGGCUGAGCGUCAGAGCCGGCGGGAGAAGCGAAGCGGCAGCGUGGCUCCGCCCUGCACGCCGCCGCUGCUCACCAAGGAGCCCGAGUACUCGCUGCCCUUCGACACCAUCGCCAGCUCCGUCAUGGCCGACCUGCUGGACCAGCAGCCUCCCGGCGGCAGAGAGUCCGGCGCUGACCCACUCUAUGACAGCAUCGACGAGAUGAAGAUCAGAAACGUGUUCGAGGCCGUGAAGGUGGAGCACAUCUACGACGAGCCCGAAGGCUGCGCCGCCGGCGGCGGACAGAUCCAACCCGGCUCGGUGUACGACGACCCCGAGGAGAUGAGGGGCGACGCCUGGAGGAUCAUGGGAACCCCCGCUGACCCUAAAGGUCACGAGUAUCCCUACAACCCCCGAGUCGAUGACUACGCCGUGCCUAAACGGCCCCAGAGGGCGUUUUCUGCCGUGCAAAGCACCAGCGAAGAAGAGCAGGAGCAGGGGGCGGAGCCAGAGGAGGAGCAGAGGGAGGAGCUUCAGGAUUCGCCGUAUACAAACGUGAUGGUGAAAAUGUAGAGAACAGGCAGAGAGAAGAGCGUUGAUGGUGCCUCGAAGAGUCAUCCCCCCAUUCGUCUAUUUAUCCUUCAUUCAUUCUUUCAUUCAUGUAUUCAUCUGACUCAUCCCUUCAUCCUCCAUCCACAGCAGCUGAUGAACUGAGCCGCACUGAUCCGACUCCUCCAGCAGGAGGCGGCACCACACCUGUUAUUACUAACACAGACCAGCCAAUCAGACGACUCCAAGCACAUCAUGUGACUGUUGUAGUUCUUUCUGUCAGUGACUCAAUCAUUUGUAGUUUAAUAACUGAACCACGUGUUUGAAUCUGUAGCAUGUUAGCAUCAGGUGAAGGUUAGAUUAACGUUACAUUUAGGUUUCAUAAUGAACCUUCAGUCAGAGCUGCAGCUCUCCGGUACAGCCCACCGACCCGAUAGAGACCUCUGAUCAGAGUGGACUUCAGUCUGUGUUGCUGGUUGAUGUUCGUCACAAACCGAUGAACAACGUCGUCUGAAUUGAAGCUGCUCUGUGUCCGACUGUUCAUCAGAGUUCUGGGUCUCUGGAGCUCCACAGCUUUGCUCUGAUGCUGGUUAACAGCAGAAUUCAUGUAAAACAAACAGAUCAGAGAAUCAUGGAGGCUGGUUCUGGAAUUAAAACUAUCAGACAAAGAAC